CGGACCCGGCCCCUCGCCGCCGCCACCUCCGUCCCAGGCCCCGCGGUGCUUCCCGGAGCCGCGCGCGCCCCCGGCCGGGCGAGCCCCGGACCACAGAGCCGCCGGAGCCCGCGGACGCCAUUGGAGCCAGAAAGAAAACUCAGAGCCCGCGGUAAUGCGGUGGGGUGAGAGGCCUCAGGAGUGAAUUGCUGGGAUUUCCAGGGAAGUGAAACGCUCUCCAGGACUCCGUGCAGUCCAUGCAACAGACCUUCCGUGACCGGCCUCGCUCCUGGCCUGGCUGGCGUGGCAUCGCCCUGCACACAGCUCCAAGGAUACGUGGCUGCUCCCCACUGUGCCCCGCAGGGACACUCACUGAGGUCCACGUCCACACCUGACCACUUCACAUCAAACGCUGUCCACGUGGAAGAAGCCCCUGCAGGAGUGGGACUUGUGGCUGUCCUUGGGUGAGGCCGGAUCUCCACAGUCUGGCUGGCCCGGACCCUCAUGGCCUUGAGCUCCUCCCUGUCCGGAAUCGUCACCCUGCCCACCAGCGCCCUGACGGUUUGUGCAUGAGACUUUCUGGGCAUCCUGGGGACUGGUGUUGGUCGCCUUCCAGCCGUUCCUGGAAGAAGCGCACUGCCAAGUGGACACCGCCGUGCAGCACAGCUGCCUGACCCGAAGCCACAGCCGCCGUGGAGAGAGGGAGGAGGAGACAUGAGGCUGUAGCACACGGGCGGGUGAGCAGGCGGGCAGUCCAGCAUGGCAGCCCAGCGGAUCCGGGCGGCCAACUCCAGCGGCCUCCCCCGCUGCAAGUCGGAGGGUACCCUGAUCGACCUGAGCGAGGGGUUUUCAGAGACGAGCUUCAGUGAUGUCAAAGUGCCUUCUCCCAGUGCCUUGCUAGUGGACAACCCCACACCUUUUGGAAAUGCCAAGGAAGUGAUUGCAAUCAAGGACUACUGCCCGACCAACUUCACCACCCUGAAGUUCUCCAAGGGCGACCAUCUCUACGUCCUGGACACAUCGGGUGGUGAGUGGUGGUACGCACACAACACCACCGAGAUGGGCUACAUCCCCUCCUCCUACGUGCAGCCCUUAAGCUACCGGAACUCUACCCUGAGCGACAGCGGCAUGAUCGACAAUCUCCCAGACAGCCCGGACGAAGUGGCCAAGGAGCUGGGUCUGCUCGGGGGGUGGACAGACGACCAGAAGGAAUCAGGCAAAGCCUACAGUAACAACCCUUUCUGGAACGGGGUCCAGACGAACCCAUUUCUAAAUGAGAACGUGCCAGUGGUGGCCAGCUUAGAUGAGCUAAAGCCCAAAAGUACUGUGGAUUUGCUGCUUUUCGAUACAGGCACAUUCACCGAAUCCAGCUCAGCAACCACGAACAGCACCGGCAACAUCUUUGAUGAACUGCCAGCCACAAACGGACUCCACGCAGAGCAGCCAGUCAAGCGGGACAACCCUUUCUUCAGAAGCAAGCGCUCCUACAGCCUGUCAGAACUCUCCGUCCUACAAGCCAAGUCGGACGAUCCUGCGGCAUCCAGUUUUUUCACAGGUUUGAAGUCACCUGCCCCCGAGCAGUUUCAGAGCCGGGAGGAUUUUCGAACUGCUUGGCUGAACCACCGGAAGCUGGCCCGGUCUUGCCACGACUUGGACCUGCUAGGCCAGAGCCCCGGCUGGGGCCAGACCCAGGCCGUGGAGAUGAACAUCGUAUGCAAGCUGGAUAGUUCUGGGGGCGCCGUGCAGCUGCCAGACACCAACAUCAGCAUCCAUGUGCCCGAGGGCCACGUGGCCCCUGGGGAGAUGCAGCAGAUCUCCAUGAAGGCCCUGCUGGAUCCCCCGCUGGAGCUCAACAGCGACAAGUGCAGCAGCGUGAGCCCCGUGCUGGAGGUCAAGCUCAGCAACCUGGAGGUGAACACCUUCCUCAUCCUGGAGAUGAAGGUGUCCGCUGGGGUGAAGAGUGACGUUUUCAGCAAAAGCACAGUGGCCCUCCAGUGCCUGAGAAGCGACUCCAAGGAGGGGCCAUACGUGGCCAUCCCCCUCACCUACAGCUACGGGGACACGGUCCAGGUGCAGCUGGACAACCUGGAGCCCUGCAUGUACCUGGCGAUCGUUGCCCACGGCCCCAGCAUUCUCUACCCUUCCACCGUGUGGGACUUCAUCGACAAGAAGGUCACCGUGGGGCUCUACGGCCCCAAACACAUCCACCCGUCAUUCAAGACAGUGGUGACCAUCUUCGGGCACGACUGCGCCCCCAAGACCCUCCUGGUCAGCGAGGUCACCCGCCAGGGCCCCAGCCCCGCCCCCGUGGCACUGCAGCUGUGGGGGAAGCACCAGUUCGUGCUGGCCCAGCCCCAGGACCUCCAAGUCGGUAUGUUUUCCAACAUGAGCAACUACAAGGUCAAGGCCAGCGAGCAGGCCAGGCUGGUGCGCGGCUUCCAGCUGAAGCUGGGCAAGGUGAGCCGCCUGAUCUUCCCCAUCACCUCCCACAGCCCUGGCGAGCUCUCUGACUUCACGCUGAGGGUGCAGGUCAAAGACGACCGGGACGCCAUCCUGACCCAGUUCUGCGUCCAGACGCCGCAGCCGCCCCCUAAAAGCGCCAUCAAGCCCUCUGGGCAGAGGAGGUUUCUUAAAAAGAACGAGGUGGGCAAGAUCAUCCUGUCCCCCUUCGCCGCCACCACGAAGUACCCCACGUUUCAGGACCGCCCUGUGUCCAGCCUCAAGUUGGGCAGGUUGCUGAAGACAGUGGUGCGGCAGAACAAGAACCAGUACCUGCUGGAGUACAAGAAGGGCGACGUGGUGGCUCUGCUCAGCGAGGAGCGCAUCCGGCUGCGGGGCCAGCUGUGGACCAAGGAGUGGUACAUCGGCUACUGCCAGGGGAAGGUGGGCCUGGUGCACGCCAAGAACGUGCUGGUGGUCGGCAAGGCUCGGCCCAGCCUGUGCUCGGGGCCCGAGCUGAGCACGUCGGUGCUGCUGGAGCAGAUCCUGCGGCCCUGCAAGUUCCUCACCUACAUCUACGCCUCCGUGCGCACGCUGCUCAUGGAGAACGUGAGCAGCUGGCGCGCCUUCGCUGACGCGCUGGGCUACGGCGGCCUGCCGCUCACCUUCUUCUGCCGGGCCGAGCUGGACAGCGAGCCCGAGCGGGUGGCGUCCGUGCUGGAGAAGCUGAAGGAGGACUGUAACAACCCCGACAACAAAGACCGCAAAUCCUUCCAGAAGGAGCUGGUGAUGGCCUUGCUGAAGAUGGACUGCCAGGGCCUGGUGGUCAGGCUCGUCCAGGACUUUGUGCUGCUGACCACAGCCGUGGAGGUGGCGCAGCGCUGGCGGGAGCUGGCUGAGAAGCUGGCCAAGGUCUCCAAGCAGCAGAUGGAUGCAUACGAGUCCCCCCACCGGGACAGGAACGGGGUGGUGGACAGUGAGGCCAUGUGGAAGCCUGCCUACGACUUCUUACUCACUUGGAGCCACCAGAUCGGAGACAGCUACCGGGAUGUCAUCCAGGAGCUGCACACCGGCCUGGACAGGAUGAAGAGCCCCAUCACUAAGCGCUGGAAACACCUCACAGGCACUCUGAUCCUCGUCAACUCGCUGGACAUCCUGCGGGCGGCCGCCUUCAGCCCCGUGGACCACGAUGAUGACUUUGUGAUCUGAAAGCAGGCCCUGUCCCGCCACGCCCGCCUGGACCAUGAUCCCGGGCCGAGCCCAGCACCUGUGCUGUGGGGGCUGCGUGGCCUGGGAUGCAGGCUGCUUCCCAUCCGGGCCAGGCUCUCUCCUGCAGGUUAUUGCCAAUCGGAUAGCUUCCUGUUGGUUGAAGUGUACAUUUAAAUUUAAGAUCACUUUGUUUUUAAAGACUGGGGAGGGGACAUGUGAGAGGUGGUAUCUAAUUUUAUAAUGCACCAUGAAGGUUAAGAAAACAAGCUUCGUAGGUCAGAUGCUGUUGAGUUUCUAUGUUGUUUAAAGACCUUUUUAAAUUAUGUGACAGAUGUACAUAGGUAUUUAAGGGCCACAGGGCGCUCCCUCCGACUCUCAGCCAUACUGUGCAUUUCCACUCCCGGGUGUGGACAGGGAGAUGGAGUAGCAGAGCGAUUUUGCAGAUGGGCAGUCGCUCCUGCCCUCCCUGAAAGGCCCCGUCCCCGCCCUCCCCUUAUUUUCUUACCUUCCUCCCUUCGCCUCCUGCUGACUCCCUGACCAUCCACAGAACACAGGAGCUGCAGUGAGAUUGUGUGGGCAGCUAAAUCCGCAGGGCAGGGCCAGGUGUGGGUGAGCGAUUUCUGCCGCCGUGUGUGCCCGUGUCAAGGGUGGGAGUGGGGGGCUCUAGGCCGCUGUGGGUGUCUCCCUCGGGCCAGCAGGGCCUGCAAAGCCGUGGCUCCUCAGGCAGGAUGAAAGCCACCCCAGCUCCCUUGCCCACGCCGAGACCGUGGCUGAUGUGCCCCCUUCCCCAAGCUCUGGGUCCCGUUUCAUCUCAGAUGUACAUCCUCCCCUCCUGGUGUGCCCAGGUCUCCACAGACGUGAGCAGCAGAGGGGAGACCACUCAUUGCACAAGAGAGAAGCUCUUCAGAGCAGGUUGAACACCUUCUGCAGAGGGAAAUGUUUCCCUCAGGGUGUGUGGUUGCCUUAGUAACCUGCACAGUCGGGGGUCAGCUUGGAUCUGCUGCACUGAUGCCAUCGCCUGGCGGCUGUGGCAUCUGAGAACGGGGCCCGAGGCAGGUCAGCAGAGUGAGGCAACCCCAGUAAUGGGUUGGUCUGCAGGGCUGUUGGGUCCUUGGGGAUCCCCGAAUCUCUCUAAAACUGCUCUUUGGAAACCUGUUAAUUACUUAGGCUAAUCAAUGUAUAAUCCCUCCUUGAGCUGAAGCAUUGUUCUGUAGCCUCUGAUUCUGACACUGAAGACUGACCCACGAAAACACCACACAUCUCCUCCCCGUCGUCACCCAAAAGCACCGCUCCUCCCUCCAUCCGGCCCAGAGAUGUCCCUCACCUUCUCCCCAAAGAAGAAACAAAACCAGUUGCACCUUAAACCAUGGAUAUUUUUCCUCAGGGGCUUUAAAUAGUUUCCUAUGCAACGUGUCUUGUAGCACAAAUUAAAUUCUACAGAAGUUGCAGUAAAUUUUAUCUGGAUAUUUUAA